AUGGAAAAAUCGCUUUUAGACUAUGACCAGAGUCUCGAGGAGUUGAAACGCCAAAAACAGCAUUUGCAACUUGUCAUGCAGAAGAUGGGCGAGGAGUGGGCUGAAAGUGGUGCCGGUGUUGGCUGGUUAGACAAUAUCAUGGAUGGAUAUCCUUCUAUACCCAUAUCUCCAUCUCGACGCAAUUCAGCUACUACUACUACUACUACGACUACUACCAGUGCUGCUGCUACUACUACCACCACUACCACUACGCUGAUCAUGGUGCCAUCUUCAUCUAUGACCGCCAUGAAAGGAAAUGAGGAUACCACGGAUGGCAAGGAGCAAUUGAAGGAGGAGGAGAGCCGAGAUGAUGAAGCUUAA